AUGUCCAACCAGCCCACCAAAAAUAAAAAUGAAGAGGCCUACCUGUCCCUGAUGAAAGGCUUGAAAGAGCUGGACCUCAAUGGCCCGUGUGUUCCCAGUGACCUGGUGCUGAAUGGAGACCAUGCCUUUCCUUUAGCAAUCGACAGCCAAGGCCAGGUCUUGAUGGCAGCCUCUCGGUACGGCAGAGGAAGGAUUGUGGUCCUCGGUCAUGAGGGCUACCUGACCGCUUUUCCUGCUCUGGUAGAGAACGCUGUGACCUGGCUGAGAGGAGAAGGAUCUGACAACCUCACUGUGUGGGUCAAUAAUUAUGUUAAGGCUGUCGCUGAUAACCUCAUCAAAUCUGGCCUCAAAGCUAAAGCUGUUGGGUUCUUUAGUGACAGUAGGGAAGUUGGUGUCUAUGUGACAGAUGCCUACAGCGUGGAAGCAGACGCAAAAGACCUGGUGGCAUUUCUGAAAGCUGGAGGAGGAGUGCUGAUAGCAGGUCAGGCGUGCCACUGGGCUUCAACCAAGCCAAAAGAGAACACACUGCUACAAUUUCCAGGGAACAAAGUGUCUGCUGUGGCAGGGAUCUACUUUAGUAUUGGGAAGGUAGAGAUCCUGCCUGUUUACCCUCAGAUCCCAUCCUCAUGGAUGACUUUACAAAACGGUAAGGAUUUUGAGGAUGACGUGGAGUUUUUACUCACGGGGGUUUCAGAGUUUGACCUCCAGGGUUCAGCAGUAAGUUCUGAGAUUUUGGUCCACGGCUCGCUUGCCUUUCCUAUUGGUACCACCAAGGAUGGACAGACGUUCCUGGCAGGAUCCUACUAUGGGCAGGGACGAGUCAUUGUGGUUUCACAUGAAGGAUUUCUGCGACGACAGACACUGGCUCCGUUUUGGAACAAUGCCAUUAAUUGGCUGGAUGGAGGCCGGCAGGGGGUCGUUGGAGUAGCAUCAAAACGUGCCCUCGGUCUUCUCAGCAAGUCAGGGUUAAAGUGUGAGAGGACAGAGUUCAAGGAAGGUCUGAGUGUUUUUCUGGGCCCAGCGCACAGUGAUAAACAUGCGAAGGAAAUCCGAGAGUUUGUGGCAGAGGGAGGAGGCCUGCUGAUUGGUGGACAUGCCUGGUACUGGGCACAGAUACACCCUGGGCAAAACGAACUAACACAUUUCCCAGGUAACAAGAUCCUGAACCAAAUGGGCUUGAGUCUGUUGAGAGGAACAAUCACAGGAGGUUUACACAAGACCCCUGAGCCUAAAGACAUCUACCACUUCCGCCACCUUCUCCACCGCUUCGCUGGCCAUGUAGCCCAUGGGGAGACACUUAGCAAACAUGAAGAGAACAACUUCAAAAGGCUGGGCAGAGACUGCUCCAUCUUCUUGCACAUGAAUGCCAAUGAAUGCUCCUCCUAUACACAAGUGGUGUCCUCCCUCACUGACAUUGUGAUGAAGUCAGGCAUGCCUCAGGUGUGUGACAGCUGCCCUGUGAAGACUCCCAAAGAUCACCUGCUCCUCAGUGUGGCGACAGAGAUUUAUAAGGUCUGCCCAAACCCUGAUGCUCUCCUGCCGUACCUCAUCAAGCAUAACCCCUUGAUGCCGGUUGUCUAUAACCACAAAAUCAAGACUGAUGUUGACACAGCAGCCGAGGAGUGGAUCAGUACAGGUCUCUAUCUCUCUCCUGGUAUGAAGACCUACAUUGCCAUGCCUGAAGAGAUGGUCAACAAGGGCUGGAAGAUCCACAUUGGCUGUCAAACAGACCGCCUGAAUGCUAAAGUGAUAAAGAGAGCAUCAUGGGUUUGUGAGCGGAUUCUAAUAACCGCACAAAUUAUGCAAGUGUGCAACCUGUGGGGGGGGCUCAUCUACCUGUUGGCUCCCUGUAAAACACAAGUGGAGGGCCUAGAGGUCACCGUGCAGAUGGCUGUGCCUGCCCCAUAUUAUAAAUCAGGCGUGACCACACCAGCUGAUUGGUCGUUGCUGCGCACAGCUCCGUCUCCCUGGGCAGAGUUGGAGUUUGAAAACAUCAUCCUAACCGUACCAUCAGAUGUUGUUCGCAGUCUGGAGCGCCCUGAUGAGCUGGCAGCGCUGUGGGAUGAGAUCAUGAGGAGCAUCGCUGAUCUGGCAGCCAAACCACGCAAAUUUCCUCGCAAAGAACGCUUUGUGACAGAUGUGCAGAUUUCCCAUGGUCUGAUGCAUGCAGGUUAUCCUAUCAUGGCACACAAGGCCACAGCAGCUCUGCUGGUCAGCACUGCCCAUAUUCGGGGGAAAGGCCUGUGGGGGCCCAUCCAUGAACUGGGACACAACCAACAGAGAGGCUGCUGGGAAUUCAAACCAAACACCACAGAGUGCACAUGCAACCUGUGGUCAGUGUAUGUGCAUGAAGAGGUGUUCGGGAUCGAAAGGGGAAAGGCUCAUCCGAAAAUGACUUUAGUAAAGCGCAAUAGUCGAGCAAAGAAUUACGUUACGCGGGGCAAGAAACUCAGGAGCUGGAGCAUGUGGGUGGCCUUGGAGACAUACAUGCAGCUCCAAGAUAAGUUUGGCUGGGAUGCCUUUAAGAAAGUGUUUGCUGCCUACUUCAAGAUCAGCUCUCCAAAGGACAACAGUGGAAAGAUGAACCUGUAUGCUGUGACCUUCUCCCAGACUGUGGAGAUGAACCUGUCUGCGUUCUUUAAGUCCUGGGGCUGGCCCAUCAACGCAGCCACCGAGCAGAAACUCAGCACCCUGCCUCCCUGGAGCGACCACCCCAUGGUCCAGUAUGGCUGAACUGCAGACUGUUGCUCAUUA